GUGAUUCUCCAGGCUCGACAAAUGUGAAACCGAACGAAGCAAACAACCUAAGGUUCGAUGACUCCACCUUGAUCAUACGGGCGAGAGCUUCGGGGCUACUGCGCAAAGAAGACGCAAGAGGACAUAUCCAAAUUGGUGCAGCAAUGUGGUCUGUGGUUGUUGGUAGUCUCCUGAUCAAUACUUACUUACUAUGACCGAUACUAACCCGUUCCAACGGUUCGGCAGCGGGCGCCUCUUUAGAAAAAGCCGUUCCACAACCGAAACAUUUGUAUGUGCGCCACCAAACAGUGGCACAUGAGUCUGGCCCGAGCGCAUUUACGCUCGCGUAACAACCGCCGACGGUUGUGCGAUGGUGGAAGAAGGCGCGCUCGAGUAUACCUCACGAUGCCCAGGGAUUUGUUGCGAGACAUCCUAUUUGCCUGGAUCACAGUUUACUUCCAUCGCACACAUCACCGGCAAUAUCCCCCACAUGCACGUCGUUCUAUUCAAGAACGUGUGCGUCUGUAGGGGCCUACAACAGGUGGCUCUCGGGCGUCCGAUCCCGCAUGACCGCUGAUAUCUAAUUAGUGUCAAAUAAGGGGCCGAGCAGCUCUUCUUCUCGAGAACGACCUCUCGCGCCCCGAUGCCCCACUUACGAAGGGGGUUCAUACAUAUUGAUUGGCAAAAAAAGAGAGAUUGGGCUUUGUUGAAGGCGGUAAUCUUGGGAGAAGGGUGCUGUCUCGAAGGGCUUGACUCUCCAUUACGCAUAAUAAGUAACAAGAGCGCAUUUCGAGGGCUCCGCAAUAUGCAUAUAUGCUGGCCGGCUGGCUCUGCAUUGCAGUGUCAAACUUACACUCGACCAUUGUCGUGCGCUGAGCCAUGCGGCUGCGGCAAUCACCAUGUCUGACAAGAAGUGUAUAUUUAGGACGCCUCAUCGCCGCGCCUGCAGAGGAGAAAGAUUUCGAAUAGCGUACAUCGGUAGAGGCUCUGCUCUGGGACAAUUCCUCGGCGAGAUGACAUACCGGCAGCCUUGCUGUGGGUAAGUCGAGAGAAAUAUGGUCGUCUAAGGGCAGAAGUGCUCACAGGAACGUUGACAUAAACUUCGGGAGACUGUAAACGUUCCGAAAUUGCUCCAAGCCGAGAAUUAGAGUGUAUAUAAUCUUGAGUGG